UGGUAAUAUUCAAUCGUACAAUCGAUUCCAUUUAUUUUAUUUUCGUCAUCAGCCUACUAUAUUUUUGACAUUAAAAAAUGGAUUCGGAAUUAAAAGGUGUUGAAAACACUCCAACUGAGCAAAAAAAGCAUAACAUUCGUAUAACACUGACUUCUAAUAACCUCAAAAAUUUGGAAAUUGUGUGUACCGCGAUGAUUACCAACAUUAAGCAUAAGAAAUUACCAGUUAAAGGACCAGUGCGUAUGCCCACAAAAGUUAUGCGUAUCACUACAAGAAAAACAUCUUGUGGUGAAGGAUCUAAGACAUGGGACAAAUUCCAAAUGCAAAUUCAUAAGAGAGUGAUCGAUUUCAAAUGCCAAAGUGAUAAGAUCAAACAAGUCAUUAAUAUCAACCUUGAACCUUAUGUUUUUGCUGAAGUUAGCAUUGCUAAUAAAUGAUGUCUUUUCUUUUUUUUUUUUUGA